GUUAAGGUACUGUAACGUUUUUACCCAUUGACGGGCGCCGAAGAUGAACGACACGAGUGACGAGACCAGUACCCUAUGAAACCGACAAUUGAUGCCUUGAAGACAACGUGACAACGCUUCAGCUCGCUCGUCCAGCGAAAACGGCUUUUAGGUACCAUUCGAAGCCACUCCAAAAUGAUCUAGACCAACGCAUCCGAGAGAGACAACUACGUCCACUUCACAAUGGCACCCGACAACGGCAGCACGAGCGGCGGCCCCCUUUCGUUCCUCGCAAACGUCUACGACCUUGACACUCUCGACACGCGUUUCACCACCCCUUCGUCGGUGCCCUACAGGGCGGCAGUGGCGGAUGCGCGGGCAGGCGCAGACAAGAAAGGGGACGACAACAACAGAACGGCUGACACGAAGCGGGCUGAGCCGCCAAAAUGGGGCACUUGGGAGUUCUACUUGUAUUACCUGGUCUUCUUGACCGUGGUGCCGUACAUGUUCUGGAUUGCGUACGAUGUGUCGAGACCGUCGGAUCCGAGAUACCCCAAGUUUGAGAAGCAUCUGUCGGAAGGAUGGAUUCCGGGGAGGAAAAUUGACGUCUCGGAUGCGCAGUACCACACCUUCCGCACCAACCUGCCCUACAUGGCGCUGCUGCUUGUCCUGCACCCGCUCUGUCGCAAGGUGUGGAAUGCCGUGUAUCCCGUGCCGCAGGAGACGAGGGCUGCGAAAGCGGCGACUUCCCCCGAGGGCGCUGAGGCGAGGCUGCGGCAGCGAACGUCGUUUGACUUCGCCUUUGCGCUGCUCUACCUCGUCGUCUUGCACGGCUUCUCAGCUGCCAAGAUCCUCCUGAUUCUGGCCGUCAACUACAAGCUCGCAACGGGCUUGCCCAGGAAAUACAUACCCGCGGCGACAUGGAUCUUUAAUAUUUGCAUCCUAUUCGCCAAUGAGCUCUGUGAAGGAUACAAGUUCCGCGACAUCGCGUUGCUCGUGUCCGGCGCACCGGCCAAGGAUAUGGUGACGGACCCCUCGUCGCUAGUAAAAUUGGGCGAGUGGCUCGACAGCUACGGUGGGUUGAUGGCCCGCUGGGAGAUCCUCUUCAACAUCACCGUUCUCCGCCUCAUCAGCUUCAACCUCGACUACUACUGGAGCCUGGAUAGACGAAGUUCCAGCCCCAUCGAGAAGAAACAACUCGACCCUGCCAACCUUUCUGAGCGGGACCGCAUCUCCAUCCCCGCGCCCCUAUCAGACUUCUCCUUCCGUAACUACGUCGGCUACACCAUCUACGCACCUUUAUACCUCACCGGACCGAUCAUCACCUUCAACGACUACAUCUCGCAACAGCGCUACCGGCCGGCCACCAUAUCCUUUUCCCGCACGCUCAGAUACGCCGUGCGCUUCGCCCUGGUUCUCCUCGCCAUGGAACUCGUACUGCACUACGACUACGUAGGUGCCAUCUCCAAAUCGUACCCAGAAUGGUCAUCGUACACGCCCGCGCAGAUAUCGCUGCUGUCCUACUUCAACCUGCACAUCAUCUGGCUCAAGCUGCUCCUGCCCUGGCGCUUCUUCCGGUUGUGGUCGCUGGCCGACGACGUCGACCCGCCCGAGAACAUGAUACGCUGCGUCAGCAACAACUACUCGACCCUGUCCUUCUGGCGAGGGUGGCACCGCAGCUACUACCGCUGGCUGCUGCGCUACAUCUACAUUCCCUUGGGCGGCUCGAGUUUCGCCACCGCGGCCGACGCAGUCCGGACCGUGGUUACGUACCUAGUUGUCUUCACCUUUGUGGCGCUGUGGCAUGACAUUAAGUUGAAUCUGUUGAUUUGGGGUUGGUUGGUUGUGGUGUUCUUCCUGCCUGAGAUUGCGGCUGGGUUGCUGUUUCCCAGGCGCAAGUGGGAGGGCAGGCCGACGGCGUAUCGCAUGCUUUGCUGUGUCGGUGGGGUGGGGAAUGUGCUGAUGAUGAUUGCGGCGAAUCUGGUCGGCUUCGCGGUCGGGUUGGAUGGGUUGGAGAGUAUUGUGAGGGGGAUAUUUAGGGAUUAUUCGGGUAUGUCUGUGCUCCGUUACCUUUGUUUCGCCCCCUUUCCCCAACCAGCUCCUUUUUGUGGAGCGAAACAUUCCCUACCUCCGCUUCCCCUAUGUGAUUUCCUAUUCCCACUGCAGCACAAAGAUCAUAUUACUGACAUUUGUCGCCAGGUGUCGUGUUCCUCGUCACAGCGUGCUCGGCCUUGUUUGUCGGCAUACAGGUCAUGUUUGAGAUCCGGCAGGCCGAGUUGAGGAGGGGAAUCAAUUUGAAAUGUUGAGGCCGUCUCAAUCUGUUUCUGUAUAGAG